AUGCCUCCAAUUACAUCAAUCGAAAGGGGGCACUUCUCAGUGAUCCUGAAGGCCCUUGUGAACCACAGGGGCUGGUUCACCGACACCAACGUUGGUUGGUCAGGGAAGGAACACAAUGCCCACAUUUUGAGGAACUCCAGCCUCUUCCAGAGGAUGAAUGCUGGCAUCUUUUUCCCCUACUGCACCAUCAGAGUCGAGGAGGUGGACAUACCCGUGUGCAUCGUGGGCGACACAGCCUACCCCUUGAUCCCCUGGUUCAUGAAGCCCUACAUCAAAGGGAGGUUCCAGUGUCUCCUAAUCCACCUUGAUCUUGGUGACCAGAAUAUCCCCCAGGCCUGGGAAACAUCCUGGGAGGUGGGUACCGGCUCCAGGGUGAUGACUACCUCCUGGUUGGUGGGCAUGCUGUCAUUUCUGGCCUCCUCAUCCUCCUCCACAGCCCCUCCCUCCUGGAAGCUGACGACAGAAGAGCAUCUGCAGAAACGUGAUUCAUACUUCAGUGAGUUAGACGGUCCUGUAGUCCUAGCACCUCCUCUUCUGAGAUAUUCUGAGUCUGCAGAAGCUAGUGGAAUCUGUAGAGUGAAGCCAUCUGUCAUGGAAAUCUCAGAAAAGGAAGAAAAUGUGCAAUGUGCUAGUCUGGAGAAGCAUUUGGAAGACAUAGACAAUUCAAGAUCUUUCUCUUCUUCAGACAUGGAAUCAGGAGAUGAAAGUGAAUGGUCCGAGGAGUUUGCUGCCCCUGGUUCCAGUCCUCCUGCUACUGCUUCACGACCAAGGGACCCACUUGGCAUUCUCACCAAAGUCUUUCCUAGUCAUAAACGAAGCAAGCUGGAGAGAAUUCUGCAGUUUUGCAAAGGAGAUGUCAUCCAAGCCAUUGAACAAAUCUUGAAUAGGAAAGAGAAUAAACAGGAUGUCCAAGACUUUGCAAGUCCAUCAAGAGCUAGACAUAGUGACUUACAGAGAGCCUCUAACAACUGUAGCUUCCCAGAAUUAGGAGCUAGAGUGUUUGGCAACAAAUCAGCUUUCUUCCCUCUUCACACCACUUUUACUUCAUUUGGAGGUGAAACAAAUAUUUAUGGCCUAAACCCUAGACUGGGGAUUAGCCCUGUAAAACUGGCUUAUUCUACCCCUGGAAGAGGUCUGCCUGGAUUUAUGUCACCCUACUUAACUCCUGGAUUGAUUCCAGCUUUGCCUUUUUGCCCAGCAUUGGACUACUCUUUUUCAGGAGUGAUCAAGGAAGCUUCUUACUUUCAGCAUAAAGAAUCAGUCACUGGCAGUGGAAUUUACUCAAGUCUAAAUAAAAAAAGCCAGUAGUGCAAUUAGCAUCUUCCCUUUCACAUUGUACUUCCAAAAUGUGCAGCUAUGAUGACAUCUGAAUCUAGCCUCAAAAGAUGCUUUAAUACCACAGUCAAUUUCCACUUCCACUUCCUUUAAGAAUUAGACUUCUCACAUCUUUAGAACGUAAUUUUGUUUUAUUUUAAUGUAAAGUGGCUUGCAAAACUGAAAUUUUCAAGCAAAAAAAGGAACACAGUUUUAAAGUAUGUAUUUUUCCAUUCAGAGUAACUGCUGAGAAGAGUUGGUUUUAAAAUCAGUGCUAAUUUUUAAACAGAUUUUAUUAUACAUACAUUUUAUUUUAAAUGGUCUUCAGAUUGGGUUGUAAAUGUAACAGUAACUAGGAUAUAUUUGUUUUGUGAACAGGAAUAGAAUUGAGUUAUGAAGAAAGUCCAUUAUAAUAUUCCUCUCCCUUUUUAAAAAUAAUCAACUUUGCAUACUUAUUUUUUUCAUCAGUUUCUUGGGAAACUAAAGCCAAGAUUUUAAAAAAUAAGUCCUUAAUGUUAAAUUGAUAAAUCUGUAGUUAGGCACAGAAGUAAGGAGCAUGGUUUUCAAAAGAUCUUAUUGAACAAAAUAGGGGCUGCUGGGCAUUUGACACUUUUGAAAAUCAGGCUCUUCAUUUAGAUGUCAAAAGCUCUGAUCCUAAAAAAUAUAUGCACAUACUUAACUUUACUUACUGAGAAUAUGUCAUUGGUCAAAUUGGAGAUUUGAAUGUCUGAAGAUCAAUCCUUUUGUAUUACACUUAACAGAAUCCUUAUUUUGAGCUAUAUUUUGGAUUUAUUUUAUUUUAUUGUGGAUUUUUUUCAUUUAUAAAAUUCUUGUCAGAUGACGAUACAGGUGGUAAGGACAAUUUUCUUUGUACAUUUAUUUUUAGUUUGAGUUGUAUAGCUCUUGUAAAUCUUAUAGCUAAACAACUAAUAGUCAAACCAAAUGAGUGCCAUCUCCUGGUCAUUCUAGUUCAUUGCAAUUUGAUGGUGAUGUGAAAAUAAAAUUAAUGUUUUGGAUUAUAAGGAAUUAUUCUUUAGCAUUUACAAAAGUGAGAGAUGUGUUUCUCUUACAUAAACUGGUAUUUUAAAUUUUUCUUUAAUGUUAACUUUGCAGGUGCUAGCAAUCUUUAGCCACAUAUGGUUACAAUCUAAGUUAUUGUUGGAUCAGAGCUAUUGGACUGUAGAACUAUAAAGGGAAUUUCUCUUAGUUGCAUGUAUCAACUAAAACAGAGACAUGCUUGAUGUCUAGAAAUCAUAACAAAAGUCUGGCUUUGGGCCUGAUCAUGGUCCGAUGGAAGUCAGUCUUUUUGCUGUUUAUCUUGUAGAACUAAAACUUCUUUCAAUCAAACAUCAGGGAUUUUUCUAGGUGCUUAGAGAACAUUGGCAGGAUUAAGCAUAAGUAAAAAGUAAGCAAUUACGAAGACCAAUUAUAUGGGGAAUGGUCUUGUUAAAUUAUAUGUUCUGGAUGAUUAUAUUUGAUCAAAGUUUACAAUAAUUUUAUUGCUUGCAAUUGAUGGUAUUAGCAAGCUUUCAAUAUUAGCUAACUUUGAAGUUUCAUUUGAUUUCAUUGAGGCUCUAAGACAGGAAACCAUGGCUUUUCAAAACAACAUUUACAUGGAUACUUAAACAGGGAUGGAUUUAAAUAUGUGCGUAAGUGAUUUUCUCAAUUAUGGCCAAAAUGCCAAAAUUAGGAAAUGUCUACACAGAAGUGCCAAAUAAACUAUGGGGAUGUGAUUUCUAACAUACAACAGUGUGUGGCACAUUUCCUUGACCAAUGUAGACUCUACUGAUGUACACGAAGUUCCAUAGUGUGCUUUAGUGUUUUAUUUUAACAUUAACGUGAACUAGAGAACUUUUAAUGUGCACCAGCAGAGUCUACACAGACUGGUUAAUGUGCAAUACAUCACUGCACUGUAGAAAUCACAUCUCUGUAGUUAGCAUUGACUCACCAUGUAGAUAAGUCCUCAGCCUACCAAAUAAUAUUGUUCUUACUGGUUACUGUUUUAUAUUGCUGGUACUUCCAUAAAUGUAAUUAAGAAAAUGCCUCACAUAUGAACUAAAGAGCCCAACUAUUUGCAACAUAAUAUUAACAUUUAUAGGCUUAUUUCAAAAGCCCCGCUCCUUGUUAGAAUUUGUAUUUCUAUAGCUAUCUAAUUGCACUUCCUCUUUUUGGAGUGAAUAGCACUUUACCUUUAUGAAGCUGAUUCCUUUCAACUGCAUUCUGGUUCUUACUCUCCAGCACAGUACAUUACCUCUCCCCAAUCCAUGUAAUCACUUGUUAAAUCUAAAACAGUCAUACCAAAUCACUUGUUAUAUCUAAAACAGUCAUCUCAAGCAAGAUGGAGAUUCCUGUGAGAGUACAAGUUCUGAAAUGCCAGCCUAAGAUCCCUGCU